AUGUCUUCAUUUGCAUUGUUAGACGAAGACUACUUGUUGAAUACCAUCCCUAAGAAAUCUAACAAGAAACCGAAACCUAAAGUUUUAACAGAAACAAUAUUUACCAAAAUUCAUUUGGAAGAAAUAUGGAUAGUGAUACUAAAUUAUUUUGAAAUCAAAGAUCUCUACACAGUCUAUGUCCUUAUUGAUAGAAAAAUUAGAAACAUUAUUUAUUCUCUUCCUUUCCAGAAAUAUCUAUUGGAAAGAACAUUUGGUAAAAUAAUUUCCACAGAGGAAGAAAGGGAUCAUGCUGCCUUAUUCAUAAAGGAGGGCAAAACUUUGGAAAAAGAAAUUGAAAACAUGUUUCAGUUAAAAGAUCCACGAAACAUUUUUGGAUUUCAAAAAAAGUUUAUUCCAUCUGAUAUGAAACCAGAACAACAUUUGGUUUUUCAGAAACUUUACUUUGCCUUACUCAACAGGAGAAUUAAAUUUACAAAUAGAAAUAUGAAACUUAGAGAACAAUUCCGCUCUUACACUUCGUACAUUUAUGCUUUCCAGGAAGAAUAUGAUAAUUUUAAGAGAAGCACACGAAAGGGAACGAAAGCUCUUCAAGCAGCUGAGCAGGGCUAUGGCUUGAUGGAUAAUGAACAUCGAUCAGAAAUUGAUAAUGAAAAAAGGAGACAACUGGAUUGUGAUCAUUUCAUGAUUUCAGUUUCGUUUGAUCCAGUCCAGACACGACAGUGUAUUCUGACUUGUAAAAGUUGUAAAGCUGAGGAAAAGCUGGUACACAGAACUAAGGAGGAUUAUAGAAAGUACUUGUAA